AUGGCGUUAUCUGACGUUCAGUCAGCACCUCAGUUCUCUGAGGAGCCUCGGGUUGCGACAUCCGAGGAGACAUCAUCUCUGAAGCCGCCAUCAGCUCCUCCAAACGCAGCUUUUCCAACUAAGAAUGAUCUCUGGUACACAGUUCCACAGAUUCAAUUAGGGGAAGAGCGGGAUGUGGAGGUUAGGCCGAAGUGGGCCAGACUGGCAGGAUGCGGGAGUGAAAAUCAGUUUCCCACUGUAUUUGCGAGUCUAUCUGAUUUAGAUCAAGAGGACUUUCCAAUGGAGAACCUCCCCUCACCUGCUCCUGUGUCUGCUCCAGUCUCUGAGGAGCCUCGGGUUGCGGCCCUCCCCUCACCUGCUCCUGUGUCUGCUCCAGUCCCUGAGGAGCCUCGGGUUGCGGCCCUCCCCUCACCUGCUCCUGUGUCUGCUCCAGUCCCUGAGGAGCCUCGGGUUGCGGCCCUCCCCUCACCUGCUCCUGUGUCUGCUCCAGUUCCUGAGGAGCCUCGGGUUGCGGCCCUCCUCUCACCUGCUCCUGUGUCUGCUCCAGUCCCUGAGGAGCCUCGGGUUGGGGCCCUCUCCUCACCUGCUCCUGUGUCUGCUCCAGUCCCUGAGGAGCCUCGGGUUGCGGCCCUCUCCUCACCUGCUCCUGUGUCUGCUCCAGUCCCUGAGGAGCCUCGGGUUGCGGCCCUCCCCUCACCUGCUCCUGUGUCUGCUCCAGUCCCUGAGGAGCCUCGGGUUGCGGCCCUCCCCUCACCUGCUCCUGUGUCUGCUCCAGUCCCUGAGGAGCCUCGGGUUGCGGCCCUCCCCUCACCUGCUCCUGUGUCUGCCCCAGUCCUUGAGGAGCCUCGGGUUGCGGCCGUCCCCUCACCUGCUCCUGUGUCUGCUCCAGUCCCUGAGGAGCCUCGGGUUGCGGCCCUCCCCUCACCUGCUCCUGUGUCUGCUCCAGUCCCUGAGGAGCCUCGGGUUGCGGCCCUCCCCUCACCUGCUCCUGUGUCUGCCCCAGUCCCUGAGGAGCCUCCGGUUGCGGCCCUCCCCUCACCUGCUCCUGUGUCUGCUCCAGUCCCUGAGGAGCCUCGGGUUGCGGCCCUCCCCUCAACUGCUCCUGCGUCUGCUCCAGUCCCUGAGGAGCCUCGGGUUGCGACAUCCGAGGAGACAUCAUCUCUGAAGCUGCCAUCAGCUCCUCCAAACGCAGCUUUUCCAACUAAGAAUGAUCUCUGGUACACAGUUCCAAAGCUUCAAUUAGGGGAAGAGCGGGAUGUGGAUGUUAGGCCGAAGUGGGCCAGACUGGCAGGAUGUGGGAGUGAAAAUCAGUUUCCCACCGUAUUUGCGAGUCCAUCUGAUUUAGAUCAAGAGGACUUUCAAAUGGAGAACCCCCCCUCACCUGCUCCUGUGUCUGCUCCAGUCCCUGAGGAGCCUCGGGUUGCGGCCCUCCCCUCACCUGCUCCUGUGUCUGCUCCAGUCCCUGAGGAGCCUCGGGUUGCGGCCCUCCCCUCACCUGCUCCUGUGUCUGCUCCAGUCCCUGAGGAGCCUCGGGUUGCGGCCCUCCCUUCACCUGCUCCUGUGUCUGUUCCAGUCCCUGAGGAGCCUCGGGUUGCGGCCCUCCCCUCACCUGCUCCUGUGUCUGCUCCAGUCCCUGAAGAGCCUCGGGUUGGGGCCCUCUCCUCACCUGCUCCUGUGUCUGCUCCAGUCCCUGAGGAGCCUCGGGUUGCGGCCCUCUCCUCACCUGCUCCUGUGUCUGCUCCAGUCCCUGAGGAGCCUCGGGUUGCGGCCCUCCCCUCACCUGCUCCUGUGUCUGCUCCAGUCCCUGAGGAGCCUCGGGUUGCGGCCCUCCCCUCACCUGCUCCUGUGUCUGCUCCAGUCCCUGAGGAGCCUCGGGUUGCGGCCCUCCCCUCACCUGCUCCUGUGUCUGCCCCAGUCCCUGAGGAGCCUCGGGUUGCGGCCAUCCCCUCACCUGCUCCUGUGUCUGCUCCAGUCCCUGAGGAGCCUCGGGUUGCGGCCCUCCCCUCACCUGCUCCUGUGUCUGCUCCAGUCCCUGAGGAGCCUCGGGUUGCGGCCCUCCCCUCACCUGCUCCUGUGUCUGCCCCAGUCCCUGAGGAGCCUCGGGUUGCGGCCCUACCCUCAACUGCUCCUGCGUCUGCUCCAGUCCCUGAGGAGCCUCGGGUUGCGACAUCCGAGGAGACAUCAUCUCUGAAGCUGCCAUCAGCUCCUCCAAACGGUAAGACUUAAUUUUUGUACAAAUGUGGAAAAUUAUACUAAAGUAUAAUCUUAUGUUGUUAUGAAUUGGUACUUUAACAAACCUGUCAGUGUUUUUUUAUUUCAUCUCUCUCUG